GCUGAACACAACAAAAAUAAUAAUAAUAAUAGUAAAAUAAAAUCUCAGAACACAAAAGUCUGAAAAACUUACACACUCAAGUUUUUAUUCUGUCUCAUCUGGUGGGUGGUUCCAGAGAGAGAGAAGAAGAAGAUGAGUGAGGAGGAUCACCGGGUGGGUUUGGCUGUGUUUCUACUCUGCAUUGUAGGGUUGAAGCCAAGUCUCAUCCUUUCAGCCACUGAUCCAUCUGAUAUUUCGGCGUUAAACGGCAUGUUCAUCGCCAUGAACUCUCCAGGACAGCUGUCACAAUGGACAUCAUCAUCAGGAGGUGAUCCUUGUGGACAAAACUGGAAAGGCAUUACGUGCUCCAACUCAAGAGUUACUCUUAUAAAGUUAUCAGGUCUUGGACUCUCUGGAUCACUAGGAUUCGCGCUUGAUAAAUUGACUUCUGUUACUGAGUUUGAUUUAAGCAGCAACAAUCUUGGAGGGGACUUGCCGUAUCAGCUUCCUCCAAAUGUUGAGAGACUGAAUCUUGCUAAUAACCAGUUCACUGGAUCUGCUCCCUAUUCUAUCUCUCAAAUGACACCUCUCAAGCACCUCAAUCUUGCUCACAACCGGAUUAAGCAGCUAUCUAUUGACUUCACCAAACUCACUUCUCUCUCUAUCUUGGACCUCUCUUCCAAUACUAUCACAGGCUCUCUUCCCAACUCAAUGAGCUCUCUUACAAGUGCAAAGUCAAUUUAUCUUCAGAACAAUCAGUUCACAGGCACCAUUGAUGUCUUAGCCACCCUUCCUCUAGAAAACUUGAACAUUGCAAACAAUCAGUUCACAGGCUGGAUCCCUGAUUCUUUGAAAGGCAUUAACUUGCAGAAAGAUAAUAAUCCAUUAAACUCCGGGCCUGCACCCCCACCACCUCCAGGCACACCUCCAAUCCAUAGAUCAUCACCUACUCCUAAAUCCCGUAACAACAACGGAUCCAGCAGUAACAACAACGGUGAUUCCAGCACUAGCAGCAGUAAUGGUGAUUCCAAUAAAUCAGGAAUGGGAGCUGGCGGCAUAGCAGGAAUAGUCAUCUCACUGUUAGUCGUAACAGCAGUCAUAGCUUUCUUCUUGAUCAAGAAGAGAAGAUCAAAGAAGACAGCAACGUCAACUGACAUUGAAAGGACUGAUGAUAACGUUAACCAACCUCAACCCUUCACACUCCCUUCAAACGACUUCAACAAGGCUGUACAGAAUCCACCGUUGGUCGAGACAAAGAAACUGGAUGCUUCUUCACUGUCGAUGAAUAAUCUACUACGCCCUCCACCAGCUGAGAGACACAAGUCGUUUGAUGAAGAUGACUCAACACCGAGAAAGCCAAUCGUUGUUUUAAAGAAACCUGCCAUCGUCCUUCCUUCGAAUGUGAAGGCCUAUACGGUUGCAGAUCUUCAGAUAGCUACCGAUAGUUUCAGCGUUGAUAAUCUUCUCGGUGAAGGGACUUUUGGAAGAGUGUACAGAGCUCAGUUUGAUGAUGGAAAGGUACUUGCUGUGAAGAAAAUAGACUCGUCUGCGCUUCCCACUACUGAUGAUUUCACCGAAAUAGUAUCGAAAAUUGCGGGUUUGGACCAUGAGAACGUGACCAAGCUUGAUGGUUACUGUUCCGAACAUGGACAACGCUUGGUGGUCUACGAGUUCUGUAGAAACGGCUCGUUGCACGAGUUCUUGCAUCUUUCGGAAGAGGAAGAAAGCAAGCCGUUGAUAUGGAACCCUCGUGUCAAGAUCGCUCUCGGCACUGCACGCGCAUUGGAGUACUUGCAUGAAGUUUGUUCACCGUCUAUAGUCCACAAGAACAUCAAAUCAGCUAAUAUUUUACUUGACGCAGAGCUGAACCCUCACCUCUCAGACGCUGGUCUUGCUAGCUUCCUCCCUACUGCUAAUGAGCUACUGAACCAAAACGAUGAGGGAUACAGCGCACCGGAAGUAUCAAUGUCAGGGCAAUACUCUCUGAAGAGCGAUGUGUACAGUUUUGGAGUAGUGAUGCUUGAGCUUUUAACCGGGAGAAAACCAUUUGACAGCACAAGGUCAAGAUCUGAGCAGUCAUUGGUGAGAUGGGCAACACCUCAGCUACACGACAUUGAUGCAUUGGGGAAAAUGGUUGAUCCAGCUCUCAAAGGGCUUUACCCUGUUAAAUCUCUAUCCCGUUUUGCUGAUGUUAUCGCACUCUGUGUUCAGCCGGAGCCAGAGUUUAGACCGCCGAUGUCUGAAGUGGUGCAGGCGUUGGUUGUGCUUGUGCAGAGAGCUAACAUGAGCAAGAGAACAGUCGGAGUCGGGUCUGGUAGCUCUGGUGCUAAUGACUACAUGUAAAUUCUUUACUCUGAGAAACACCAAAAAACAAACAAAAUCAACAAAACAGAAGUUUUUUUUUUGUUCUUCAAAAAACUGAGAGAAUAACAACAACCAACAACAACCUCCUUUACGCAUUGUAUAAUCCCAUGUUUCCUUGUAAUAUGUUCCCAAGUUUGUAGCUUUUUUAGAUUCCGACACGAUGAACUUUUGUGAGUUUUUCGAGCCAAGAGACUGUCUUUAUCCAUAUUUGUAUUAUUUUUGUUUCUCAAUAAUUUUUCUUGUUAAUAAAUCGAAUACAACUUUAUGUUUAA